AUGCUGAAACAUACAUCAAAUGCUGGCGGACCAGUUAAUGGUCAAGUACGCAGCGGCAACGGUAGCAACGCCACAGGACCGGCACGUAGUAUACAUUUGCGGCCACAACAACCGCUGAAUAUCUCAACCCUUAGUUCGGCCAGUUUACAAACAUCUGCCAAGACGGGUACACCAACCAAUACGACCAGUGUAAAUGGAGGACCACGAUUAUCGACGUUACUUAAUAUUGCCUCACUGCCACCCUUGCCACCACCGCCGACAACUGUGACCGCCACAAAUACCUUGCCACCUUUGCUACCACCACCUACAAUCAACGGAAAUGGUGGUACUACAGCGCCGGCUGCAACACCUGUUACCCCCAUCAAUAGUCAUUUGACACCGAAUGGUCUCAGUGGUAUUGGUAAUAAUUUACACACCUAUACAAAUCAGCAUAUUGCAUUGGCCAAUGUAACGACCAACAACAAUAACAACAACAACAAUGGGACUAGUUGUGGUGGUGGUAUGGCUGGCAUGGCCAAUGGUCUGGUUAACCACACCAAUCCGGCGCACAAUACCACCCAACACACAAAUUACACCAAUUAUACAAAUCCCAAUAUGACCACCAUACACAAUAAGUCAAAACAUGGUCCGGGGCCGCGGGAAGCUCUAACCAGUUUGGGUCUGCUGUGUUUGGUUUCCUUACUCCUGGCUUUGUUGUCCUUAAUUUUCCUGCUUAAAAUUUCACCAAAUGCCAGAGAAGAUGCGUUGACCCGUAGUUCACCCGAGGAUUUUAUAAUUGUCUAUGAUGUCACACUGGCCCUGUGUGCCCUAUCGCUGUCGCUGAACCUGUGCUGCCUGUUGGUGUGUGCAAUACAAUUUCUAUUUGCUGUUAAGCUGGUCCGCUCACCCAUGUUUGAUGGAAGAGAUAAUCGUUAUUUGGAAAAGUCCAGCACAAGUCGCACCUGUGCUGUGGGUGGCUUUUUUAUAUCAAUACCCAUUUUCCUGACAGGCAUCAUCUUAUAUACCUUCAAUCAUUUUCACUCUACCCCCGCCAUAAUCACCAGUAUCCUAAUCGGUAUUGGCAUAAUAUUUUGUGGUGCUGCCAUGGUCCAUAAUGUUUUCGUUUGGCAAAAGGAGAAAACGAUUAGCUAUCGUAGUCCAACAUCAGCGGCUGCUGCUGCUGCCGCCGCUGCAGCAGCUAUGCAACAUAUGUCAUUGGUAUCACAAAUCGGGCCCCUGACACCACCAGUACAAUUUCUUAAUCAUCCGUCACAUUUAAAUUUUAAUCAAUCGGCUAUGAGCAAUCUGCUUCAUCCCACUUCGAUAACACCGGUAUCGCCGAAUCAUUCGCAUGGCAGUUUUAAUCCCCUAACUGCGUUAAGUUCCUCGUUUAUGAUGCGCCCCUCAACGGCUACACCGCCCACACCUAAACCCCUGGCAAAUGGUAAUUGUUUGUCAACGGCAACGGCUCGGGAGGCCAGUGGUUCGGUUAGUCCCGGUAUACCACCCACCUUGGAUAUGAGUAAUGUGACGAGCAUAUCUCUGCACGAGUUGUCGACUUUGGUGUAA